UGGCAAUAUGCCAAUACUAAUCUAAAUGAAAUCAAUGCAGAAAAUGAAGAUUUCGAAUAUAUGUCGAAUAAUAAGUAUAUUAAACAUUCUCCAUAUAGACAUGAUCAUAUUGAUGAAACAAGCGAUACGGAUACAGAAAGAACACAAAGAGAAUUGGAAAUGGAGACGAAGGAGAAAAAAAUUAAACAUCAACAACAACACAAUCAAUUCGAUGUUAGUUCUGGUGACAGUACUAGUUUAAGUUAUUCUGAAGAAAAGGAUGUUUUAGAUUUAAGACAAAAUAAUACAAUGCCAUAUUCACUUCCAUUACCAGUUCUUGUACCAAUACCUAUUAUUACUCCUUAUAUAACUAGAACAUAUCCGAAUGUAAUAAUGAAUCCGCCUAAAUGUUGUUCAACUAUUGGAAAUCAUUCUAGUGAAGCAGAAUCAUUGUCUUCCAAUCAAUUAGUGCUUGGUGUAAAAUUACCGUUUUCUGUACUGGAUUCACAAAUUCGUGCCAAACCACCCCCGUUUGUACGUAUUCCCCCACCACUUUCGACAAAUCAUUAUCAUCGUCAUCAUCAACAUCACCCUCUUAAACAUCAUCUCCAACAACAAUCAUUCACAUCAGCGUUAACUCAACAAAAAGAAAUCGAUAUUACACAGGAUAGUAGUUGUUCUUCACCGUCUUUAUUAUCCAUUCAAGAACCUGUGAUAACCGCAAUUAAAUGUCCUGACUUUAAAUCUACAUAUAUUACAGUUAAUAGUAAAAAAUCAUCAAAUGAAUCUUAUUUAUCAAAAUCGUCAAAUGAUCCACAGUACAUUAAUUUACAAAAUAUAUCUAUGAGUUCCAACAACAACAACAACAACAACUUGUAUAAUACAACAGAUUAUACUAUUAAUACUACUACUACUACUACUACUACAACUACUACUACUACUAACAAUCCAAUGAGAAAUAAUAAUAAAAACAGUAGUAUUUACACCAGUACAAAUGACAAAGGUUCAUCCUCAGAUAGAUUAAUCGUUUUACCAUCACGAAAAACAAUAGAAUCAAAAUUGAACAUAGUAUCAUCUAAUGAAUCAAUGAAAACAUCGUUUGACACAGUGAUAUCAUCAUAUUCUACAGUAACUUCAGCAAAUCCUUCAACAGAAUGUGUUAUAGUAAAUGAAAUAUCAAGUAAAAAUUUGAAACCAAGAGUUGCUUUUAUUGAACCAGUUAAUAAACAGACUAGUACUACCACUACCACUACCACUACUACUACUACUACUAAUGAUAAUAAUAAUAAUGUAAGUAGUACAUUUGAAAUAUUCAACACUCAAAAUAACCAAUCCUUUAACGAAUCUGACAAUAAAACAAAAUUAACAAAUAAUGAAAAAAAGCCUGUAGAUAAACUUAAAUUAAGUUUAUCUGACAGAUUUCCUGGUUGGGGUGUCAUAACAGAUGAUGAUGACGACGACGAUACAAAUAUAGAUGCAGAUGAGAACAAUGUUCAAUGGGAGGAAAUAAUGGCAAAUUUAGAGAAUUUAAAACAAUCACCAUUGAAAAAGGAUAGUGGAUAUGAUCAACUAGAAAAAAAGGACUAUUACAUGAAUGAAAACACAUUAAACAAACAUAAUUUCAAUGAAGAGACACUUCAUACAGAUUGUAAUAUAAACAACGAUAAGAUACCAAUAAAGUUUCAAUCAACAAAUGAACAAUAUUCUAAUUCUAAUUUAUCACAAUCUGAUAUAGUAAAUAAUGAAGAAACAAUUUUUCAAGUACAUCAUCAACAACAACAUUGGCAACCAUUUCCACGACAAAUAUCUAUUGAAAAGCGUCGUAAUUCAUCACUUCUAGCUAAUCCACGUAAAUCACUUGCUAUGAUAUUUUCACAGAUUAGUAAUAAUUUAGGAUUUACACAAGAAACAUCAACUGAAUAUCUUGAUGAAGGUUAUUCACCUAACUUUCGUUUAAAUACAAGAAUACCAUCGGGGAAACGAUUAAAACAGAUUAUUUCUAAACAUAAUACAAAUAAUAAUGAUAAUAGUACCAAUUAUGAUAAUAAUAUUUUUAAUUCUGGUGCAGAGAUUCAUAAGAAACCAUCUCGAUCAAGUUUUAUACAACAUCAUAAAGACUUAAGUUAUGAUGAUGACAAUAAUAAUACAAUGGGUAUACGAAGUAGUGUUUCAAGUCAACGUUUAAUGGAUCGUGGUAUUUUUAAUACAAUAAUUGGUGGUAAUCAAAAUCAACAUAGAACUAGUGGUUCAAUUGGUACAUUGUCAAAUGUUCAUUAUAAUAAAUCUAAUAAUCCAAAUACUAUUUUAACCAGUAAUAAUAAUAAUACAAUGUCACCAACAACAACUACAGUUGAUCGAUCUAUCCUAGUUGAUUUGUUAUGUUGUACAUGUUGUACAAAUACAGAUGAUGAAGAUGAAGCUUAUUCAAAUCUUAUUGAAAAUCAUCGUUUAGCUCGUAUAGUUACAAUGGGAGCUAUAUUGACUAUAUUGGGUUUGAUAUUUGCUUAUAUAAUACGUUCUGCAACUGAAACUCAAACUGCACCUAAUGCAUCAGGUACAACAGGAUCACCGCCACCAUCUCCCACAACAACAACACUAACAGUUGCUACGACAAUUACUAACGUAACUGAUAUUGAAACUUCUUCUUUUUCUAACACUGUUAAUACUACAAUGAAUUUAAUAAUGAAUUCAACUUUAAAUCCACAAUUUAUAAAACAAAUGAGAAAUAUUUCAAGUUUCUUUAAUUUAAUUAAUAAUGAUGAAUCAAAUUCAAGUGGACCUUUAAAUGAUUUAUAUGUGUAUAAUCAUGUGAAUAGUAAAGCGAUAAGCACUAAUAAUGAUGAUAAUAAUAACGAAUCACAUAAUGCAUCAUCAUCAUAUUAA